UUUGCCAGUUCCAGACAGGAUGAAAUUCUUUGCUUGUUGUCUUUUUUCUCAUUCCAUAAUUUAUAUUAGGUGUACUCAACAAAAAGGAAUUGAUUAUUUCCUCAUUUCAAGAAGGCCUUCAGAUGGUAAACAACGCAAUGUUUCAGACCAUGAUACGGCAAAGCAUGCACCAGUCACCAUUGCAGAUGUAUACUUUUCUCCGGCAAGCCGAGUCUAAAACCCAAGAGAUUUCCACAGCCGCAGAGGUCUUUGAAACUACUCUUCAUGUUUUAAAGGACAGAGCCAGUCAGAGAGAUAAAAGGGAUCUCACUUUAACAGAAAUCCUUUCAUGGCAGGAUACGGAGCUGAUUGGAGACAUGUCAGGAUGUCCUUCACCUAUGUCCUCAGUCAUCUGUCGUCAGGACCACCUAUUCGACAAGUACCGGACCAUAUCUGGCGUUUGCAAUAAUAAACAAAACCCUCUCUGGGGAGCAGCCAACACUGCAUUGGCCAGAUGGCUACCAGCAGAAUAUGAAGAUGGAGAAAGACAACCCAAGGGCUGGAACCGUGGACGGCUUUAUAAUGGCUUCCAACUACCCCUGGUGGAUGAAGUCAGCAAAAAUAUAAUGCAGAGGUCUUCCAAACAUAUGGCACAAGAUGAGGUCUACUCUCAAAUGCUUGUGGACUGGGGCCAGUACAUAGACCAUGAUAUGUCCUUCUCUCCUCAAAGCACAAGCAAAGCCACAUUUUUGGGAGGACUGGACUGUCUAAGCACAUGUGAGAACAUAAAUCCAUGCUUCCCUAUUGAGAAAGUCCCCAAUGACUUGUUUUCUGCAAACAGAAGUUGUGUGCCUUUUUUCCGCUCCUCGCCAUCCUGCUUCGCUGGUAAUACGCAGUCUGUAAUUGGGGGCAUCAGACAAGGGUUAAAGCGCCAACAAAUGAACUCUAUCACAUCAUUCAUUGACGCAUCUUCUGUAUAUGGCAGCACCCCAGAUUUACAGAGUUUCAUCCGUAACUUCUCUAGUCCAGAGGGGCAAAUGGCCAUCAAUAGAAGAUUUUAUGACCAAAGGGGUCGAUCAUACCUGCCUUUUGUCCACACUGGUCCAUCUGCGUGCUUUCAAGAUCCUAACAACCCCCAUGGACAGGAAAGGGUGGAUUGUUUCCAGGCUGGAGACAGCAGAGUGAAUGAGAUAUUGACCCUGUCUGCUCUGCACACACUAUGGGUGAGAGAACACAACCGAAUUGCAAAGACUCUAAAGAGUUUCAAUGCCCACUGGAGUGCAGAACACAUAUACCAAGAAGCCCGCAAAAUAGUGGGAGCUCUGCAUCAGAUUAUUACCAUUAGGGAUUAUGUUCCAAAAAUCAUUGGCAGUGAGGCCUUUGAUCAUUACAUUGGUCCCUAUGGGGGUUAUGAUCCAACAACAGACCCCUCAGCCUCCAAUGUCUUUGCUACGGCUGCAUUCCGUUUUGGCCAUGCCACAAUUUCCACUGUUCUCACGAGACUCAAUGAAAGCUUCCAAGAACACGAGUGCUUCUCCUCUUUGAGUCUACAUGAGACUUUCUUCAGCCCGUGGAGAUUAGUUAAAGAAGGUGGAAUAGAGCCUGUGUUACGAGGUCUGUUGGGGACGGCUGCUGUGAUAAUGACCACAGACAAGCUGCUGACAGAUGAGGUGACAGAACGACUUGUGGUGCUAAACAUACCAGAGAAGUUGGACCUGGCCUCACUUAACCUACAGCGUGGCAGAGAUCAUGCACUACCAGGUUAUAAUGAGUGGAGGAUAUUCUGCGGUCUUAGCAGAAUAAAGACUCUAGACCAUCUGAGAAAAGCUAUACGGAAUACAAGUGUUGUAAAGAGGAUCAUGCAACUUUAUGGACACCCUGACAACAUUGACGUGUGGCUGGGAGGACUCGUCGAAGAUUUAUUACCUGGUUCUAGGACUGGCCCACUAUUUUCAUGUUUAAUUGCAAAGCAGAUGAAGAUGCUUCGUGAUGGGGACAGGUUCUGGUGGGAGAAUGAAGAUGUGUUUACAGAGCGUCAGAGGGCAGAGCUUCAAAAGCACUCUCUCUCAAGAGUCAUCUGUGAUAACAGCAAUGUGUGGGAGGUUCCUCUUGAUUCCUUUAGAAUGAGGAAAUACCCAGACAAUUUUCUCUCAUGUAAUGACAUUCCAUCAUCAAAUUUGGAGGCCUGGAGAGAGGUUCCUAGUAAAGCACAUGUACACUGUGGCAUACCAGGAAAGAUAGAGCAUGGUGAUUACAUACUUUCAUCCACUCCAAAGAAAUUAGUGGCUUUGUAUUCUUGUUACCAUGGUUAUACUUUAAAGGGUAAUGUAGAAAUUGUCUGCACAGAAAAUGGUUGGAGUGGCCAACCACCUCAAUGCUCAGGCAAGUAAUCAUGUUUUAUUGCAUCCAGUGUAUAUAUAUAUAUUUUUCAACAUUGCACUCAUCGUUUAAAGACCUGUGCACUUUUCACAUUACAUUUACAUUUAAUCAUUUAGCAGACGCUUUUGUCCAAAGCGACUUCCAAGA